AUGGAUUAUUGCGAUAGUAGUAGUGUUCAACAAUUUAUAGGCACUGUUAAUAAUCUAAGCGGUGCUGAACUCGUACUAUCACUGUAUCAAUACUUUUGUCCCAUACUAUUAACAGUUUGUUUAAUUGGUCUCAUAUUGAACACAAUUCUGUUAAUCAUUGGUAACCUCCGGUGUCGUAACAAAUCACCCAUAUUUCGGUUAUCACUCAAUUUGGCCACAACUGAUGCCAUCAACAGUGUCAUUGGGGGCACCGGCCUACUGAUCAACUCAUACCUGCCCCGUGUGUUCGGUGUCGUCUUAUUCAAUACAUGUGCACAACUGGUGUUUGAAAUCUUCAGAUUAUCAUCACUGGUGGCAUCAGCUCUGCAUUUGUUGGCCAUGGCUUUGGUCUAUUACAGGGGGACUACCAAUCCAUUGCAUUACAGGUUCACAAUAUUCUCGUCACAACAUCUCAAACGAAACAUAUAUUUAGUGUCGAUAUUGUGCUGGACUUUACCCAUCAUUAUAUUCACCACAUACUUCUCGAGCAUCAGUUGUCAGGAAAUUCAGGUAUUUAUCGGCACAGGCUUUCAAUCAUCUGAGUGUGACAUCACUUUUAUGCUGUCCUUCCGAUUCCGUACGACUAUAACCGUAAUAUUUUUGACGCCACUUCUGGUUAUGUUUGUCAUAUACGCCAAGAUUUUCUCAAUCAUACGCUCCAGAGAGGCGUCGCCUAAGAUUAUCAUCAAAUCCGAUGUUUACAAAAAGCUAUUCAUUGAUUAUAUUCACGACAAUAGGUUCACAAUAUUCUCGUCACAACAUCUCAAACGAAACAUAUAUUUAGUGUCGAUAUUGUGCUGGACUUUACCCAUCAUUAUAUUCACCACAUACUUCUCGAGCAUCAGUUGUCAGGGCUUUCAAUCGUCUGAGUGUGACAUCACUUUUAUGCUGUCCUUCCGAUUCCGUACGACUAUAACCGUAAUAUUUUUGACACCACUUCUGGUUAUGUUUGUCAUAUACGCCAAGAUUUUCUCAAUCAUACGCUCCAGAGAGGCGUCGCCUAAGAUUAUCAUCAAAUCCGAUGUU